AUGGAAGAAUAUAGACAUCAAGUUGGGGGUCAUUGCAAAUUGAUCAAACCCAAAGAUUCAUCAAAAGUUUACAAACCAUUAAUAGAAAAUGAAUAUAUAUUUUAUGAAAAAUUAAAAAACUUUCGUUCUUCUUCUGCAGAAUCUAGUCCUUUACAAAUUUUAAAAAAAUUUAUUCCGAAAUUUUAUGGCGUUGUAGAUAUUGCUGUUGAUUCUUUUUCUGACUUAAGUAGUGAAACAUUUAGGAGGGAUUCAAAAAUGAUAGAAAAAUCAAAAAAAAAAAAUAAUAACAUGAAAUAUAUUCGAGUUAAUAGGAAUGAAAAAAAGAAAGAUUAUAUAUUCCCCAAUGCAGAUUCUAAUCACACUGAAACAGAGGCACUUUGCAAUAAUGAAAGUGUUUCCAUAAAUCUGAAUGGCGAAAUAAACAAUGCAAAGGUUGGGGAAAUAGACUGUCAAACAAACUUAAACGAACAUAAUAAUGCAACGGUUGGCGACAUUGCAAAUCAAGAGGAUGAGAAAAAGUGGAUCCCACAUAUAAUUUUAGAAGAUUUAGUAAACGGAUUCAAAAGGCCAUGUGUGUUAGAUAUAAAGAUGGGAAAAAGGCAACGAAAAAUUGGUGCAUCAUUAGAAAAAAAGAAAAGACAAGUUGAAAAAAGCUUUAAAACAACUAGCCAUUCAUUAGGGUUUCGAUUAUGUGGAUGUCAACAUUAUAAUAAAUUACAAGACACAUUAUUUUAUAAAGAUAAAUAUUGGGGUAGAAGUUUAAGUAAAGAAAAUAUUCCAUGGGCAAUUAGAAACUGGUUUUGGAAUGGAACAUUAUUAUAUGAUGAAUUAAUUCCAAUACUUUUAGAAAAAUUACAUGUUUUUUUUAAUUGUAUUGUUGAGUUAAGACAUUAUAGGUUUUGGUCAUCUUCUUUAUUAUGGGUUUUUGAUGGAGGCUUAAAUGAUAAAAAAGAACGAUCAAAUUCGUUAGAUAUAAGAAUGAUUGAUUUUGCUAAUACAAUAUAUUUACAAGAUAACCCUUCUGUAGAUGAAGAAUAUAUUUUUGGAUUACGUAAUUUAAUUUAUUUUAUUCAAAUAUUAUAUAAUUGUAUACAUAAUAUAUAUUUUUUACCUUAUGAAAUUAAUACUUGUUUUUAUUCUGAAAAUUAUAAAUUUACAAAAAAAAAUAAUUCCAUUCAACCUUUUUAUCACAACAUUGUUAAAGGGAGGGUGAAAUCGGAUAUUGUUGACCAAAUUAAAGAGAAGAAAAAAAAAAAAAAAAAAAAAAAUCAAAAAAAGUUAAAAAAAAAAAAUUUUGAAAAUUGUGGAAAAUUACAAAAUGAUACAUUACUGAAAGAUACAUUUAAUGCUCAAAAGGUUGAUAAAGAAAAAGAUGACGAUAACGAAAAGACAAAUAUAAAGAUGAAUACAAAAUGCAUAUUGAACGAUAAUUAUAUAGACACAUUUGAUUGGAAAAAAAAUAAAAUUAUAAAUAACAAAAAUAAUGAAUUAAAUAACUACAAUGAAAAUAUCAAAAAAGAAAUUAUAUUUGAUAAAUUAAAUGAAUGUAAAGAGAAUCUGUUGAAGGAUGAUCCCAAAUAUAUAAACCAUGAACAAAACAAAAUAGAAAGUGAUUCAAAAAUUGAAUCAAAAAGAGAAAAUAAUGGAAAUGACAUAAAUAGCGUGAUGAUUCAAUGUCUAAAUGAUAAUAAAAUUUAUUCUAAAAAUUUGAUUGUAAAAAAGUUAUGUUCAAAAUUAUCAAAUUUGUCAAUUUAUAAAAAUUAUAAAGAAAAAAAUAUAAAUGGAUUAAAUUUCACAUAUUUAUCAUUAGCCGAAAAAACACCAAAAAUAUAUAAUAGAAAAAUAGCAUUAAAAAAUAUAAAUUGUAAUUCAGAUUCUUUUUUACUUUUUAAGAAAAGCUUAAAUUUGAAUAGUGUUAAAAAAAUUGUAAAAAAAAAAAAUUUCCAAAUGUGCGAAAAAUCAAAUUCAUGUACAGAUAUUUUUAUAAGUAUAAAAAAAGACAAAAAAAAAAAAAAAUAUUAUAAAAAAAAAAUUAACAUGUAUAUUUUAAGAAAAUAUAAUGAGUUUUAUAAUAUUAAAAGAUUUACAAAAUCAACAAACCAAAUGAAAUAUUUACGUAAUAAUAAUAAUAAUAUGUCUAAUAGUAGACAUAGUAAUAUUUAUAAAAAAAAUAAAAUCUAUAAUAAAUUUUAUAAAAUUAAUAAAAAUAAAAAAAUAUAUUAUUCAAAUUUUAUUAAUAAACCAUUAGAAGAAUUCAAUGUUUAUUCAGAAUAUAAAAAUAAAAAUAAUAAUAAUAAUAAUAAUAAUAUGUUUUUUAUUGAUGGUGCUAUUUUAAAUAAUUCGAAAAAAAAAAAUAUUUUUUUUAAUAAGCAUAUUAAAUAUGAGUUAAAACGUAAAAAUUUAAUCAUCCCUUUAACAGAAACAAAUGAAAAUUAUAAAUAUAUUCGUAGAUCUUUAUCUGAACCUAAUAUUUAUAAAUUUAAUAGAUUUAUUUAUACCUCUAAUAAUUUUAAUACUACAGAAAUUCAUUAUAGUAACUUAAUAAAAAAUAAAUUAAUUAACGUUCCUAUAUAUGGCCAUAUUUAUGGAUUUAUUUCAAGUUCAACUAAUGUUGAUUAUUUUUCGAAUUGUUCUAUAAGUGAAUAG